AUGCGGUCCCGUGAUCCUUAUCGAUCUUCCCACCAGCUCCCUACGUACUCCGCGCUCCGCUGGUACUGGGUGGAGCAUGCUGCGUGGGAUGUGAUAGACUCCCAACGUGACCCAAUUCCCGAAUCCGGCAGCACUGGCGGUCGACGAGCAGCAGGCACGAUGUUCGAAAAGUCUCUCUAUGACCUAAUCAAGGGUCUCCGGAACCACAAGGGUGGGGAGGAUGAAUAUGUUCAAGACUGUCUCCGCGAGUGUAAAGCGGAGAUCAAGUCCCAGGACAUGGAUAAAAAGGCAACGGCACUCUUGAAGCUAAUCUACCUGGAAAUGUUUGGCUACGACAUGUCAUGGGCGUCCUUCCAUGUUCUGGAAGUAAUGUCGUCCUCAAAAUACCUCCAGAAGCGAGUUGGAUAUCUGGGGGCGGUACAGAGCUUCCGCCCAGACACGGAAGUACUGAUGCUGGCGACAAACAUGCUCAAGAAGGAUAUCGUGUCGCCCAGUAUCCCCUCUCUAUCACUACCGCUGGUUACUCUGCCACACAUUAUCACCCCAUCACUGGCCAUGUCAUUACUACCGGAUAUCCUUUCUCGCCUUUCACAUUCAAACGCGGUUGUACGGAAGAAGACGAUCGUGUGUCUGUACCGCCUCGCUCUCGUAUACCCAGAAGCGCUUAAGCUGGCAUGGCCUAAAAUCAAAGAUCGCCUGAUGGAUGACCAAGAGGAUAGCAGCGUGACAACGGCGGCCAUUAAUGUCGUUUGUGAACUAGGAUGGCGGCGACCCCAUGAUUUUCUCCCACUUGCACCGAGAUUCUUUGAGCUUCUCGUCGACAGCGGAAAUAAUUGGAUGGCUAUCAAAAUUAUCAAGCUGUUUGCAACUUUGACUCCCCUCGAGCCACGAUUAACACGCAAGCUUCUACGCCCCUUGAUGAAUAUAAUUGAAACCACCACAGCGAUGUCCUUGCUCUAUGAGUGCAUCAAUGGAAUCAUCCAAGGGGGGAUUCUGGACGGCGAGGACAAUCUCCAGGAAAGAGAUGACGUCGCCACUCUUUGUGUUGGAAAGCUCAGGGGAAUGAUCGUCAUGGACUCCGAUCCAAAUCUCAAAUAUGUCGCCCUCCUGGCGUUGAACCGUAUUGUCACAACACACCCGAUGUUGGUUUCCAUGCAGCAAGAUGUGAUUAUGGACUGCUUGGACGACGCAGAUAUCUCCAUCCGGUUACAGGCGCUAGAGCUUGCUGCCGGAAUGGUCGCUAGCGAUACUCUCCAACCGGUGGUAAAUCGUCUUCUUGAUCAGCUUCGGUUAGCCACACUAUCCUCUCCAAUAAGUGGAUCUGAGCCCGAGGUAUUCCCAUCUGCUCAGUUUGAAACUGAGGAUACCGAAGGGCGGAAAACCUCAGGUUCUAGCACCAUAGCAUUAGUGGUCUUACCAAACGAUUACCGAGGGGAGGUCGUUCAUCGCAUCCUAGAUAUCUGCUCCCAAAAUAACUACUCGGAGGUCGUGGAUUUUGAGUGGUACCUGGGCACUCUAGUCCAACUGGUCCGUCUCCUGCCGCCAUCAGAGACAGAAGAACAUUGGAUUCAGUCCUCUUCGACCCAGGAAGCUACCCUGCACUCGAAAACGAGCGUUGCAUUUCGAAUUGGAUCCGAGAUACGCAAUGUCGCGGUGCGUGUGAAGGGGGUGCGACUAGAAGCGACCAGAGCCGCCGAGUCCCUCAUACUCAUUGAUAACCGGUCGACUUUCUUCCCGGCCGGAUGUAAUGUCGGAAAUGAUGUCCUCGGCCCCAUAUCGUGGGUGGUGGGUGAAUAUGCGGACGAUCUUCUGUCGCCUGGUCAGACCCUCCAAUCAUUGAUCGACUUAUCCAAUGUUUCUCUGCCUGCGAAAACCCUUCAGUUGUUCUUGCAAGCAAUUCCCAAGGUCUUUGUUCGGGUAUACCGAAGUAACGGGCUGGGUGACUCGUGGAGUAGUGAAACCUCCCUCCUCCUGGCUAGAGUCGUGGGGUUUCUGGAGGCGUUGGCAGCUCACCCGGACUUGGACGUGCAAGAGCGGGCUAUUGAGUUCUUGGAACUCCUACGCUUGAGUGCCGAGGCAUUGCACCCCGACACGCGGGAAAUGCCUUUUCUUCUCGCCUCCGUUCUUCCCGGUCUAUUCAUGGGGUUAGAACUCAACCCUGUGGCGACCAGUGCUCAAAAAAAAGUUGUUUUGCCUCCGACCUUGCAUCUGGAUGUUGCAUUCAACGAGGAUCUACUCGGUCUUUUUCAUACCCUGGACAACUCUCAUUUCGAUGGGAGCCAGUAUGAUGCUUUACAAGAUUUCUACUAUUAUCCUGGCCUUGACCCUCCUCCGCCGAGUAAACCAUUUCCCAGCUUGGCCCCGAUUGAGAUGCCUUUCGAGAGUUCUUAUCAAAAUAUUCUAACAGACUCAAGCGAUCCUCCGGGUGCGACAGAGAGGCGAAAAGUCGAGCGCCGAGAACGCUAUAAAGACGAUCCAUUUUACAUUGCACCCUUGGAGAGUUCGUCGGGGGCACUGAUGUCUCCGCUCCUCAAUCCUGCAAGCGGCGAUGCAUUGGACGUUGAUUCAAUCCCCAUCGUUGAUUUGAAGCUGGAAGAUGGACAGUCCGGCCGUCUAGAGCAGGAUGCCUCUGGGGUCCGUCGCGGCCGCUCCAAGAAAAUGGAAGUGACCGCUGAUGAAACAUUCGGAAUCGAGGAGACCCCGCCCCAUGAUUCUCUGGCGUGUCUGCCCGGGGGUCCUACUGGCUCUAAGCGUUCACUACUGCAGGUUGACUCCAGCGGACUGGGACGGGAAGCCGUGUUGGCCGAAGAUGACGGCGAGGUCGAGAUGAGAAAGGCCAUGCAGAAUGUGGAGCAGAUGCGCUUGCGUAUGCAACGGGCGUCAGAGAGGAUUCAAUUGCAGGGGACUCCGGCCGAAGGAACCCUCGUUAAGAAGAAGGGCAAGAAGAAGCACACGCCCGUGCCGCCUCAGGCGGUCGGCCUUGCAGCGGGUGAUUACCUUCAACCGGCGGAGACAAAGAAGAGGAAGAAGAAGCAGAAGAAACAGAAGCAGCAGAAAGAGGACUCUGUAGAGCUUUCAGGCGAACAAUAG